CAUAAAUAAUUGUAUUUGAAUUUGUGUCAUCGUUGUCAUACCCAGUCUGAACCAGCCGGGGGCGCUGCGCAGCUUUUCUGACCGUUUACGACCCGACAAUAAACACGAAGAAGAAGACUUCCUGUAAAAACACAAACACAUGGACUGAAAACUUCUGAAGCUUCAGUCAUGACGAGGUGGGCGAGAGCCAACAACGUCCACAAACACAAACCAGCUGAGGCCACGCCAUGGAGCCAGCUGAGAGGAGCAGGAGGAGGAGGGAGAGGCCGAGGAGGAGGAGGUGGUCACCCGGGCAGUUCUAGACCAGAACCUCCUCAGAGGGACCACCUGAGAGGGACUCAGCCCGGCGGAUCCGCAGUGAAGAAACCCAACCGGCCCAAGAAGGAGUACGUGAGCGAAGACGUGAACGGCUUCCUGGAGUUCCUCCAGCAGAGCGGACAGCCGCUGCCAGGAGGAGGCGCAGCAAGGAGGGAGCUCCGCGAGGAGGUAGAGACAGCUCUGAAGAAGGACAGGAGGAGGGAGGACCGGAGGGUGAAGAGGCAGACCAACAAGAAGAACAACAUGCUGUGCUUUAACUGCAGGAAGCCGGGUCACGGUCUGGCCGACUGUCCUGAGGCGGACCGUGACGAGGAGAUGGGUCGAGGCAUCUGUUACCGCUGCGGCUCCACCGAACACGAGAUCCACAAGUGUCGAGCUAAGGUGGACCCGGCUCUGGGAGAACACCCGUACGCUAAGUGCUUCAUCUGUGGACAGAACGGACAUUUGUCCCGAGGCUGUCCCGAUAAUCCCAAAGGACUUUAUGCACAAGGAGGUUCCUGUCGGGUUUGUGGUUCAGUGGAACAUUUUCAGAAAGACUGUCCAGAACAUCAGGCUGCAACUAACUCCAUGACCGUCCCCUGGCUGUCCAACAACAUGAGUGCAGAUCACGAGGACUUCCACGUUCCUGUGAAGAAAACUAAACCCAAACAAACCAAAGUGGUGAAGUUCUGACUCUGAUCUCUGAGAUAAACGGACUGAUUCAUGUUCUUGUGCAGCGAAGUGAAUCUGCAGACGCAUUCUGACUCUGUGUAUAUUUAAUAAACUGUUUCCUUCUUCUGUA